AUGAACUUUGAUAGUGCCUUAAAACAAUUGUUACAUGCACAACAACUUAUGAGAUGGAAAAAACGGGAGAAAGAAUUAGAAAGAAUUAUUUCUCGACAGAGAGCCAGAGAAUUAGUUCUCAGGAAAAAAAAUGCAAGACUGGUAGAAAGAAUCCAGAGAGCCAAAGCCAACCGAGCUCAACACUUACAACGUUUACGGAAUCUACCUGAAGAAGAAGAAGAACCCUCUCCGUCUUCAUCACCACCACAUUCACCACCACCGAAACCAAAAACCAUUUCCCAGUAUUACCAAAAAGAUUUUAAACUGGGAGACGGGUCUAUGGAAUUCGACAUGUUUCAUGUCAAAUAUCCAGAAGGCAGUGGUGGACAGAAUACUAAACACCUGAUGGUCAACAAGGAGAGUUUUAAGAAAAAUAAACGAUGCAUCGUUCAGAUCGACAAUCCUUGGGAUAAAUUUUGUUUAGCUCGAGCCAUCGUAGUCACCCGGUUACACAGUCAAAAACCGGAAAAUCCAGAGAGUUUAGUUGAAUGGGAAAAACGAUGGCUACGUAUGCGGAAGCGUGAUGUAAGAGCUAAUGACCAGAAAAACGAAGCUAUAGCUCUCAUGGAACAAGCCGGCUGUGAUAUUCAUCAUCCUUGUGGACCCCAAGAAUGGGGGAAAUUACAACACGUGUUAGCCCCUCAUUAUAGACUGAAAAUAUAUCAGUUUAAGUCCAACUCCUCUAAACUCAGUUUGGAGCCCAUUUAUAAAGGCGGCGGAGAUGGAACUUGUUUAAACAUUCUGUUAGACGAUCAUCAUUACGAUGCUAUUUUGUCUAUGCCAGGUGUGACGGGCAAUCAAUACUAUUGUGAUCAUUGCGAUGUGGGAUACAGGAACAUCACAGACCAUCGUACCAAGUGUCCUUACCGAUGUUCCUUUUGUUUAACGGACACUCCCUGCCCUCCAGACGGGAGCCACAUUCAAUGUUAUCAAUGCCAGGGAUUUUUUCAUAGCAGAACUUGCUACGAAAACCAUUUACGACCUCACAGUAAGAAUACGGCCACAACGGUAUGCAGUUUAAUGGGACGAUGCGAGCAUUGUGAGAAAUGGAUGCCCAAACGAUUACUCCCUCAUCAUCAUUGCGGAGGACAGAAACAAUGUAAGAUCUGUAAGAAAACUGUAGACACUGAUCAUCAGUGCUACGUUCAACUGAAGCCUGAGAAAAAGAAAAAGAAAGCCAAAGAGACAUUACAGUUUUAUAUUUAUUUCGAUUUCGAAUGUACACAGGAAAACGGCAUCCACCUCCCUAAUUUAUGUGUGGCACACCGCGUAUGUCAGCAUUGCGGGCACUUACCCAUAGAAGAUCCCUGUCCUCACUGUCGACAUAUGGGACCCCGUCAACACGUGUUUAAAGGCCCAGAUACCUUAAAACACUUCAUGGACUGGUUAUUACAGCCCGACACAGGCAAUAAGAAUUCCGCCUUAUUACACGACGAGGCUAUCAUCAUUGCCCACAAUUUCAAAGGAUAUGACGGACAGUUCAUUUUAAAUUACCUGGUGCAUUCCGCCUGCAUGACGCCUACAGUCAUCAUGAACGGCAGUAAAAUCUUAUCCAUGCAAAUCUGCGGAUUGAAAUUCAUCGACUCUUAUAAUUUUUUACCUUUUGCUCUGUCUAAAAUGCCCUCUGCUUUCGGAUUCACCGAACUGAAAAAAGGGUAUUUCCCUCACUUUUUUAAUACAGAACAGAACCAGAAUUAUGUGGGGCCUUAUCCACCGGCAGCAUUCUACAAUCCGGACGACAUGUCUAUAAGUGGACGACAGGCUUUUUACCAAUGGUACGAACAACAAGCCGGAAAAGUGUUUGAUUUCCAGAAGGAAUUUUUAGACUAUUGUAUUUCAGACGUCGAUAUUUUACGACGAUGCUGUGCUCAGUUUCGAGCCACUCUCAAGACCUUGGUCCAUGUAGACCCCUUCCAGGAAUCUAUCACUUUUGCCAGUGCGGCCAAUUUAGCUUACCGUCGAGGAUUCAUGCCCGAAGAUACCAUUGCCAUCAUUCCCAACAUGGGGUAUCAGCCUGCACGUCAAUAUUCCGCCAAAGCCUGUCGGUGGCUAACCUGGAUGAGUCACCAGAGCGGAUCUCACAUACGACAUGCUAGAAACGGAGGAGAAGUCAAGAUUGGAAGUUAUACUGUAGAUGGAUACCAGGAAGCUACUCGUACCAUCUACGAAUUUUACGGAUGCUAUUGGCACGGAUGCCCUACUUGCUAUCCCAAUCUACAGACCGAAACUCAUCCUCACCGGACACAAUUUACUUACCAGGAAUUACACGAGGAAACUUUAAGGAGGAAUACGGUCUUAGAGGAAAUGGGGUACUCCGUACAUAGUAUCUGGGAACACGAUUUCGAUCAACAAGUACAAAGAGAGGUGGCAUUACAGAAUUAUGUACGAGACCUGGACAUUCCAGAUCCUUUGAACCCCCGAGAAGCCCUGUACGGAGGCCGGACGAAUGCUACAAGAUUGUAUUGUGAGGAGGGGGACAUGAGAUACGUGGACGUCUGUUCCUUAUACCCAUACGUCUUAAAACACAGACCUUUUCCUUUGGGCCAUCCUCAGAUCAUAACAGACGACUUCCAGGACGUGAGAACUUAUUUCGGUCUCAUUCACUGUCGGGUCUUACCACCCCGAGGCCUCUAUCACCCCGUUUUACCUUAUCGCACAGGAGGCAAGUUAUUAUUUCCAUUAUGUCGAACCUGUGCGGAACGACAGGACUCUACUUCUUCUAAACAUCGAUGUCAACACACAGAUCAGGAACGCAGUCUUACAGGUACUUGGGUGACUACAGAAUUACAUAAAGCCUUAGACAUGGGAUAUACUUUAGAGCGGAUUUACGAGGUUUGGCAUUUUCCAGAAAGCAGUCAAGAUUUAUUCAGAUCUUACAUCGAUACCUUCUUAAAGAUCAAACAGGAAGCUUCUGGAUUCCCACCUGAUUGUCAGACGGAGGAACAAAAACUAGAUUACAUUCGUAAAGUCAUAGACAGAGAAGGCAUUAGAAUGGACCUGUUAAGUAUAGAAAAAAAUCCGGUGCGAAGAACGAUAGCCAAACUCUUUUUAAAUUGCUUGUGGGGAAAAUUCGCUCAACGCCUGUUAUUACCUAAAACUCGAUACUUGACCGAAGAAGAGGAAGUACAGCAACUCUUACAAGAUUCGACCAUUGACAUCAAAGGGCUAGAACUCUUAGAAAAUAAAGAGCAGCCCGAAUCGGACAUGAUGCUAGUGAAUUAUCAAGAGAAACAAGAAUUCGUAGAAGAGUGUCCCUUCGGAAACGUGGUACUGGCCUGUUUCACUACCGCUCAUGCCCGAUUACACCUCUACGAGACUUUACAACCUUUAGGAGAUCGGGUCCUUUAUUUCGAUACGGACAGUAUCAUAUACCAACAUAAGGAGGGACAAUUUAAUCCUACCCUUGGCCACAGUUUAGGAGAAUGGACCGACGAAUUAGACGGGGACCACAUUAUCAAAUUCAUGUCAGGAGGUCCUAAAAAUUAUGCUUACCUCACCGCCAAGGGAAAUUCCGUGUGUAAAGUCAAAGGAUUGACUCUUAAUUAUCGGGCUUCCAAUAUCGUAUCACCAGAGACAUUAGAAAAAAUGCUCAAGAAAGAAAUGGAUGAAAUCCAAGUCUCGGAGCCAGAGGGGGUUCCUCAUUACCCUAACUAUGCUCUGCUCUUAAAGAGAGAAGCUACCUUUAAAGAGGGAUGGCCCGAGUCUUUAAAAGGAUUAUUACCCAACCUAGCCAAAGCCGGAUUUUAUUACAGGGGAGUGAGUGAUAAGACCAUCUGUUUUCAUUGUGGUAUGACUUUAAACUGCUGGAAACCUACAGACGAUCCUUAUGUAGAACAUGCUUAUUGGAACCCUAAUUGUCCUUACAUCAAUACCUAUAAAGGACGUGAGUGGGUGAUGAUCGUAUUCAUUAACCAUUUACUCCGGGUGGGAUACAAAGUUUCACCUGAAAUUAAACCUCUACUAGAGCAAACCUCUACAGAGAUUCAGGCCACAGGAAAAUGUCACAUUUGUUUAGAGGGAGAAUUACAAAUGGCUUUACUCCCUUGUGGACACAUAUGUUGCUGUUCAUUAUGUGCUCUCACCUUCCGGUAUUGCCCCAUUUGUCGAUCCGAUGUGAAGAGAACUCAACGUAUAUUUCUGUGUUGA